GUAGAGCUGCAGUGCAAUCCAGUCUAAUGGUAUUUCGACAUGCAUGACUUGCCUUAUUCAAUUGAAGUACCGGUAGCAGAAUACCAACCAAGCCAGGCUGUCUCACAUUUGGUGCAACUUUUUUUUUUCUUCAGAGUACCUAAAUAGUCCAAAUCUUUUAUGUAGCAUGUGAUAACUGGUGCGGUUUCAUCUUUGCACAACAGUUAUUUUUCCUUUUGCACGCUAUCGAACUUUGACUGCUGCGUAGUGACGCCAUAGACGAGCGUUCGCCAGCAGCCAGCCAGACAGGAGACCAGAUGCCGACAGUGACAGCGCGAGCGAGAAGGAGAGAAGGCGAAUUGUAAGACUAGAAAAGAGAAGUUAAAAAAAUAAAUAAAUAAACAUCAUCCUUUUAAACCAGAAUCACCCAGGGCCAGAGAGAAGAACGGGCUUAUGAACUGCGAAGGGUUGGUGACCCCCAAAAUGGAGGAGCAGCAUUUACACUGCAUGAACUGUGUCAGCCGACGCUGUAUGGCUAGACCAGAGACUGGCGUGUCUUGUGACCUAAUUGGUUGUCCCUUGGUUUGCGGAGCUGUUUUCCAUUCAUGUAAAAUAGAUGAGCAUCGUCUUUUGUGCCCUCUUGAAAGAGUGCCUUGUUUGAACAGUGGCUUUGGAUGCCCGUUUAUACUUGCUCGGAAGAAAAUUGCUGAGCAUCUUGAAAUUUGCCCAGCCAGUGUGGUCUGCUGUACGAUGGAAUGGAACCGAUGGCCAGUGAGCUAUGCUGAUCGAAAAUCUUAUGAAAACUUUAGCAAGGAUAUUGAUGACGUAGAACAGCUUGAUAUGGCUUUAGCACUGCAGGACCAGCGAAUGCUGCUAGAAUCACUUAAAGUGGCAACUAUGAUGUCAAAAACAGCUAACAAACAGCCUCUUGCUUGUGAAAAUAUACUUGUGACAUCAAGUAUACCAGAAGACAAACCUUCAAAUGGAUUAAUUGCAAUGGAUGAGGAGUCCUAUAACGAACUUUAUCGAGCUACGGUAGAGACAACCAGAAGCUUGGCUGCAGCCCUGGAUAUCCUCAGCAGUGCAACAAGUGAUAUGGACUUAAUCAAUGGAAGACUUCGAGAGGAUCGGUCUGAAAGGAAUGGAGAAGUUCGUUCAGAAAAAGUAAAAGUUUUAGACAUGGAGAAUGUUGAGAUGCAGAACCAUGAUGAUGAGUUUGACUGUGAACUGGGAGCAGUUGGUGGAAUGGAUCAUGAUAUUGUUACAGGAGGUGUAAGUGAGAGGAAGAUCUGGGCUGAGCAAAAUGGAUUUAUUGACUUCUUAGAAGUAGAGGAGGAAGGAAACAUAAACACAGUUGAUUUGAAAGAAAAUGUAUCCUUUUGUAAUGGUUUUCACAAUGUAGAUGCUUACCAAGAUAACCUGGAACAAGAUGAAAUGGAUUUAGAUGCAUCUGAAUCAAAGCACUCUGAAAUAAAUGGGUCCUGGGACAUAAGUGGAUCUGAAAGUAAGCCAGCAAUGCCUUUUCAUUCAUUACCUGUUGUAGUACCCCAGCCUACCAGUGCCCAACCACCAGCACCAGUUCCUGACAGCUUGCAAAAUAGUGCACUUCAACACUUGCCUAUUGACUUUGGUGACAGAAGGUUGCAGCGCAAGUUAUAUAACCUCCAAGUACUAAGAAGUAUGGGUAUGUUUACAUUUAAUGGACGGAGAGGGUUGUUUGCUGACACUUUUGUGUUUCGUGCAAAAAUGGAAGACAAAGCAGUUGACACAUCUGAUCUGGAAGUCGCAGAGGAUCCCAUGGGCCUUUGUGGAAUUGACCUUAUUACAGCUGCCUUGUUGUUUUGUCUGGGAGACUCACCAGGUGGCAGAGGAAUUUCUGACAGUAGAUUUGUCGAUGGAUAUCGCAUUGAUUUUGGGACCCAGACCUUUUCAUUUCCUUCUGCUAUCUUAGCUACAAACACCAUGGUUGGUGAAAUAGCCUCAGCCUCAGCCUGUGAUCAUGCAAACCCACAGCUUUCGAACCCAAGCCCUUUCCAGACACUCGGGCUGGACCUAGUUCUGGAAUGUGUGGCUAGAUACCAAACCAAGCAACGAUCCAUGUUUACUUUUGUUUGCGGGCAGUUGUUCAGAAGAGACGAGUUUUCUUCUCACUUUAAGAAUGUGCAUGGGGAUAUUCAUGCUGGCUUGAAUGGCUGGAUGGAGCACAGGUGUCCACUUGCUUAUUAUGGCUGUACUUACUCCCAGAGAAGGCUCUGUCCCUCAGUGCAAGGUUCAAAAAUUAUUCACGAUCGGCACCUUCGUUCAUUUGGAGUCCAGCCUAGUGUGCCCACACACCUGUCUGAACCUUUUUUUUUCAACACUUGUCCCAUUGAUUCUCAAUAUGACCAUCUGAGUAAUCUUCCUUUUGAAAUUCUUCAGCAUAUUUCUGGGUUUCUUGAUGGCUUUAGUCUUUGUCAGCUGUCAAAAGUAUCCCGGUUGAUGAGAGACAUAUGUGCCAGUUUGCUUCAUGUCCGUGGAAUGGUCAUCCUUUUGUGGGAGAAGAGACAGUACACAAAUGGAACUUUUUCAUGGAAAAUAAAAGACAAGGUGUGGAAAUUCAGUACUGCUUUUGGCACGGUGAAUGUCUGGAAGUUUGCUAACAUCACCAGCAUGGCUGACCAUCUGAAGAAGUGCAAGUUCAAUACUGUGGAGAGGCGGGAGGAGGCAGUCCCUUUGCCUUGCAUGUGUGUGACAAGGGAACUCACUAAAGAAGGACGAUCGCUGCGCUCGGUUCUAAAGCCAUUAUUAUAAAACACAGAUCCAUUACUCCACCAACUUCAUAAAAGAGCUGAAGCCCUCCAUGUACCCUCUUUGUAAUAUGACACUUUACCAUUGUACCGCAGACAACUUCAACAGCAAAUCCACUUUUACUGUAUUUUAUAUAAUGUUUUGAUGUUACAUGUAUGUAUGUAUGUGUGUGUGUGUAUAUAUAUAUAUACACACACACACACACACACACACGCACACACAUAUAUAUAUAUAUAAUGAAGAGCCUAAUGUAUGUAAUAACACUGAACUUGCUGGACAUGGUAGAGUUGAUUAGAUUUGUGUCUUUCUUUUAACUUUCCCUGUGGGAUUCUUAUGUGUAUAUUGAACUAUUAUCUUGCAUGGUUUGCUCUUCAAUGCCCUAUUUGUGGGUAACGUUAAAAGAAAAAGUGUUCUUGCACAUCGCAGCAAGCAACUCAAGGAAACGUUUUUUGUUUGUUUGUUUGUUUUGCAUCCUGGCCAAACAGUAAACGUUUAUAUAUCAUAAGUAAACACUUUUGACUAUAUAUUAAAUGCAUGUAACUGUGUACUCGUGUUAACUAGCCAUACCUGGUCUUCUGAUAUAAAGUUGAAUCUUGACACAUUCAGGUUUAAAGACAAGUUUGAUUAUAUUUCAGUGAUUUAUGAAAAUACAAGUGGUGAAGAAGUAAUUCACCUUACUAAUAAAAAAAAGUGCUGCUUGUGAAGAUUAUACUUUUUUGUCACAAAGGAAAGCUUGCAAGGUUUCUUCCCAUUUUAUAGCAAUGUAAUAUAAGCAGAAAUGAUUGUAUACAAAUCAUAAUAUAAGAGUUCUAUACUGUGCAUAUGAAAAGAAAUAUUUUAUUGUAAAAGAAAGUAUUUUAUUGUAAAAAAAAUAAUAAUUUAAUACAAGCCUGUAGUGUUAAUAUCACUUCUAGCACUUUAUUCUUGAAGUGUAAUUAAGUUUACUUUUUAAUUUAAAGUGCACUUGUAAAAUCUUUGAUACAUGGGGGGAGCAAAAUUAUUUAUUUUCUUUAAAAAAUAAUAAUAAUAAAAAAAAAAAUACCCCCAUCUACAUUCAGUUUUUUCUUUCACAUUAAUUAAUUUUCACAAUUUAUAUUACUUUUCAUAACAAGUUUACAAUAAACAAAUAAUUAAAAAAAAAACAAAAAAAAAACAGCAAGACUAGCUAUUUUAAUACUUAACCCCAUUUCUGACAGUCAGAAAUGUAUUGUUUUGCACAAGAAUAUUUGUAUUUAACUAGCUUGUUACCGUAGUACCAUGGUUAAACACACUUUAAAAUAAAGGAAUUAAAACAUGUGGAAGCACACUUGUGCAGUCAGAAUGUUUCUUGAUGGGAGUAGAAGUGGGUUAUAUGGAGCUAAUAUCUCUUUACAGUAUUUCUGCAACACGUGUAGCAUCUACUUGUGUGUUGUUGUUUUGUUAUUGGGGCUGUAAAGUGACAAAUACAAUUGAGACCUCUGGGAUGAACUGUGGUCCUAAUCAUUGUAUUAUGCGAGUGAACACUAUUUCAUGCUACAUAGUAACAGGAACUGUAACAAUUAAACACCUUGAAGUAUUCUUUUUUUGCGUUGCUAAUUGGAAAAAGGUGGUAAAUAUACACUGCCCCUGAGCUGUCAAAAAUUGCAUAAUGGGGAAGAACAUGUUACAAAAUGACAACUUAUCUGUCUUAAUGCGUUCUGUGCAAUAAAAAAGUACCAUAAUACA